UUAACAAUGCCCAUAUAAAUUAAAAAAUUAAUUAAUAAGAACAAAAAGUAAAAUCAUAAAUUAACAAUGCCUAUAUAAAUUAAACAAUUAAUUAAUAAGAACAAAAAGUAAAAUCAUCAAAUUAAUAAUAAAUUAAUAAUACCAUAUAAAAUAAACAACUAAUGUCUAAUUAACAAGACAAAAGUAAAACUAAUUAACAAUGAUAAGAAGUAAAAAGUAAACUAAUUAACAACAAAGUAAUAAUGUCCAUAUAAAUUACACAAUUACUUACUAAGAACAAAAAGAAAAAUAAUCAAGUUAACAAUAAAUUAAUAAUACACAUAUAAAAUAAACAUCUAAUAUCUAAUUAACAAGAAAAAAGUAAAAUUAAUCAAAUUAAAACUAAUUAACAAUAAUAACAAGUAAAAGGUAAACUAAUUAAUAAUAAAUUAACAAUACCCAUAUAAAUUAAACAAUUAAUUAACAAUAAUAAAAAGAUAAAAAAAAUUAAAUUAACAAUAAAUUAAUAGUAUCUAUAUAAAAUAAAUAAAUAAAUAAUAAAUAAUGUCUAAUUAACAAGGUAAAAAGUAAAACUAAUCAAAUUAAUAAGAAUAAUAAAUAAAAAUUAAAUUAAAUACCAACAAAUAAACAAUAUCCAUAUUAAUUAAUCAACUAAUUAAACAAGAAUACAAAGUAAAAUAAUCAAUUUACCAAUACCCAUAAAAUUUAAAUAAUUAAUUAACAAAAAUAAAAUAAUUAAAUUAAUAAAUAAUUAAUAAUAACUAAUUAAUUAAAAGGAGGAGAAGGAAAAAAAAAAGAAAAAAUAAAAAGGGACUGCUAAAAGAAGGAGAGGAGAAAAAAAUAAUAAUAAAAAUAAAAAACAGAGCAGCAGGAAAGGGACAGGAAAGGGACGUGAGAUCGAACAGAGGAGAGCAGCAGUAGAAGAAAAGUGAGAUCGAACAGAGGAGAGCAGCAGUAGAAGAAAAGUGGAGAGGGAGAAAAAAAAAAAAGGGACGUGAGAGCGAUCGAACAGAGCAGCGGCAAGCAGCGCAGCAAGAAAGAAAAAAAAAAGGACCUGAGAGAGAGAUCGAUCAGAGGUGGAGAGGGAGAAAAAAAAAAGAAAAGAAAGGGACGUAAGAGAGAGAGAGAUCGAAGUGGGAGAAGAAGAAGAAGAAGAAGAAGAAGAAGAAGAAGAGAGAGAGAGAGAGAGAGCGUACCUGUUGUCGUCGUGAAGUCGAGGUUGAGCCGUUGAGGGGAAAAGCGUCUUCGUGAGGUUGAGCAGAAAAGUGUCUCUGCUGGUGGAAUGGCAGCAUCAGGUGUAUUCACUAUUCCUUCUCAUUACAUUUUGAAGCGGUGGACUGGAGAUGUGAAAGGCAACUCUAAAGCAAGACGUGUGCCAAAACAACUUGAGACUAAACAACAACAUUAUAGUGACUUGUUUCAAUUGGCCACUUCAUUAAGCAAAGAAGGCUCUAUAAGUCAUGAAAGCUAUGGUUUUGUUUCUCAUGCUAUGAAAAAGGCUUUGGAGCAAUGUAAAUCAAUGAAUGAUGCAAUCAAAAACCAUGAGAGAUUUGUUUGUUCUGAGCAUAUUAAUAAAGAAAAUAUUGAUAGUAAUGUGGUAAGAGAAAACAUGGUGAUACUUGAUCUAGAGUUGUCAAAAUUAAAAAGAGCUUAUAAACGAAUCAAGUCUGCAAUAGAGAAAGGACAAAAAAAAAGCAACAAAAAAGUGAGAAAGGUACAUAUGGGAGUAAUAGUUGAUUUACAUUCAAUUUUUUCUUUAAAUUGAAGGCAAAAAGGUAUUUUAUGGCAAUUGUAAACAGAACUUUUAAUUGAACAUAUAUUAUUUGAUACUUCCUUUUAGUAUCUUUAUGCUUGCCUAAA